AUGACUGUGUGUGUGGCUCGUCCCGCCUUGUGCGGUGACGUCAGCAGUAGUAGCUUGUGUCUCCGGCAACAGGUUCCCUCUUCAUUCAGUCCGCUCCAUGCUCCCUGACGGAGUUCACGGAUCUUGUGGUUAUUAUGGACCGGGUUGUCCCUCCUCGACUCGUCUCUCCCGUCAGGAAUGGACAAACGAUGUACGAAAACGUCUCUGCUUCUUCUUUUUCAUUCGUCCCACAUUCGCUCCAGUUUGGAUUUUUAUCUUCAACAAAACUGAUUUGGAAGUUUAAACCUAACGGCGUUGGAAUGUAACGUUGGUUCAUCUCAUCUCAUCAAGCUAACAUUUUUUAAAUAACCUUUUUUUCUGGUGGAUAUAUAAAUACUUUUGGAGUAUUUACAAACCUUUUUGUGAUUUUUAACAGUUUUUUCCGAGUUGGAAGUGGACUAUCAUCCUGGAAAACCCGAUAAGUUUUCAUCACUUAAGCUAGCUAGCGGCGAUGAAAGCUGUUUUCUGCUCGUCUCAACGGUUCCAGUAGUUUUGUUGCGUUUACGUGAAUUGAAAACAAGUAUGAUUUCGGAGGAGAGAAGCAGCCACUUAAAUAAACAAGCCCUGAACUUCCCUGUGGGUUUACUGAUCCGCUCUCCAAAGAAGCGCUUGGCCAAACUGGGCAGGAAACCCAGCAAUGGAUCUCUCCAGUCCAACAACUCGGACAGCAUCGUCCGCUCCACAGAGACUGUGUGUGUCCGACAGCCAGCCAAGAGCAAAAUCCGCCGCCACAAUAACAGGCUUUCAACUGUUUUCAACCAGAGUCCCAACAGUGGACGCCGCGGCCAGGCGCUGGGCAGCGGGGCCCCUGGAGGUGACCUCCAGGCUGCAGACGAUCCCGCUGAGCUGUCCAGUCAAAUGUCUGUCCCCGGCAUCCUGAAGAUCUUUGGCAGCGACAUCUGCCAGGGGACCAACUAUAAGAGCGUGUUGGCCACCACACAGUCCAGUGCAAAGGAACUGGUGAAGGAGGCUUUGGAGAGGUACUGCCUGGAAAAAGAAGAUGCCAACGACUAUGUGCUCUGUGACGUGAUCGGCCAAACGGGUGCAGAUAACCAGUGGAAGAGGGAGUGUUUCCGGCUGGUGGGUGACAAUGAGAAGCCCCUCAUGCUGCAGUCACUGUGGAAACCCAAGGAGGGCUUCUCCCGGCGUUUUGAAAUGCAGCUGAAAGCAAGCAUUGAAGAGCAAAGUUUGAAGGACAGAGACACAGUCACAGCAGGCAUCAACGCUCAGGCUCGUAAGCUGCAGAAGAGCCGCUCCAGAGUGGCCUCGCUGUUCGUGGACAGCAGCGGGGAGGACGUGGAUGGACUUGGGAUCUGGAGAAGUCUGAGUGAGAUGGAUCUGUCCGCGAUGGGGAAGGAGGCCGGCCGGGCCCGGCAGAGCGCCCUCCGAGAGGAUCCAGACGCCGAGGCUGACAAGGAGGUCCUGCAGCUCGGCAUGGAAAAGGAAGAGACGGAGAGCAGCGACGACAACACCACCCAGUACUCCAUUCAUCCUCCCUUUGACUUCCCGUACUUCCUCCUGCUGCAGGGCUACAGCCAUAGACAGGAUUUUGUCAUCUACCUGAUGAGUGGGACCACCACCAUCUUUGGCUGCUGCAGGGAGCAUUGUAACGGAGAGGAUGAGGAGAGGUUGAAGGUCGAUAUCCUUCUCUUUGCUCCUGACGUGUUGCCCCAGCACUGCUGUGUCAGACGCCUGGACUCUACCAACCCAACCUCCACAGGGGAGCACAGAAAGACUCUGACAAUGCUGAAGCCCCUCCACGGUGCUCCUGUGACCAGAAACGGUUUCCUUCUCAAAGAGGAGGUGGAACUGAACCCGGGGGACUUGGUCGGCUUGGGGAAACACUACCUAUUCAUGUUUAAGGAUCCUACCAGCAGAUCAGGAUCCCUCCAGACUCCUCCCUGGAUGACCAGACUUUGCCCGAACUCUGACACAAAAGCGGCAUCGUCUUGUUUAUCAUGCGGCUCAGCCAUCACCAUCAAAAGGUUCCAGAGGAAACCUUUACCCCCUCCUUGGAGGGACCUGGAAGGCACAGAGGCUUUGCUAAGCUAUGAGCUGGAGCAGGAGGAGAGGAUCCUGCAGGAGAUUUUGGACAUGUUAGACCCCAGUGGAAAUGAACCGAAGCUGACGCCCGCUUUCCUGCUGAGCCUCUGUAUCCAGCACUCGGCCUCCACGUUCCAGCUGACACAUUUCAGGCAGCUGCUGCUCCGGAUAGCCAGUCAGAUCCAGCUCGUUAUGUGGGAGAAGACAAAGGAGCUCGCAGCAAUCCAGCCAGAAAUGGGCUCCAGUGACGGGCAGCCCGAGCAUCUUCAGCUGCUCAGCAUGGAGCAGCUGAUCCCAGGUCUGCAGCCCCUGGUGUUGUGGAUGGCCAACUCCAUCGAGCUGCUGCACUUCAUCCAGCACGAAGUCCCUCAGCUGCUGCCCUGGAGGCAGGACCAGGAGGACGAAGGUCUGUUGGACUCUGAGAUGUCCUCCACUCGGACAGCCUGUGAAGAAGCCAUGACAGUACUGGAGGAAGUCAUCAUGUUCACCUUCCAGCAGUCUGUCUACUAUCUAACAAAGAGUAUGUACUCAGCCCUGCCCGGCCUGCUGGAUGGGAACCCGUUCUCGGAGAGCGGUCAGCUGCGAGUGCCCGAUGGGCUCAGCGGCAUCCUGGAGGUGCUGAAGGAGGCGCUGAAGCUUCUCACAGCCUUCCAGGUCCACCCAGACAUCUCACUGCAGCUCUGUGCCUACCUGUUCUUCUUCAUCAACGCGUCGCUCUUCAACGCCCUCAUGGAGAGAGGAUCUGUCGCUGGGUUCUACCAGUGGUCCCGAGGUGUCCAGAUCCGGGCCAACCUGGACCUGCUGAUGGACUGGAUCCAGAGCAUCAGUCUGGGUGAUCUGGCCAGCGAGUUCUUCCAGAAGCUUUCAGCAGCCGUCAAUCUGCUGGCCACACCCAAAGAAACCCUCCUGCAGGCAUCCUGGGCUUCUCUCAGGACUGAGUUUUCUGCCCUGAACGCAGCUCAGCUUCACCACAUGCUGAGGGAGUACAGCUCUGGUAAAGUCUGUCCCACCGGAUGGACGCCAUCCCCAGAGGACGCAGAGGACGCCAUCAGAACAGGCGACAUCCUGGAGAGCUUCGACAGCCACCCGCCGCUCAUCCUGCCCAGCAACACGUUUCACCUGGAGCUGGGUCAGCCCGUCGUGGAGCCCGCUCUGUUUGAACAGCUCAGCCAUCUGCAGGAGUUCAUACGGCGGCUCCCCAGCAGUGAAACCCAAGCCAAACCCGAUGUGGAGGAACAGGCUCUCAACGGGGCAGCCACAGACUGCCAGUCUACGACCUCAGACUCCGUUGUCCAGGAUCCUGCCCAUCAGGUGGCCUCUGGCCCAGAUGCUUGCCCCUCGUCUCAGGCAGACCUGGACUGUGCGUCUCCUGCAGAGCCGGCUCAGGCCCGAGGAUCUCAUGGCGACCUGAGCAGCUGCGAGGCAGUCCUGACCCAGAAGCUGAAAAGCCUGGAGCUACAGAACACCCUCCCAGGACAGGCUGACCUGGUCUACCACAAGAGCCUGGCACUGGACCCGUCCUGCCUGCUGACACCACCCAACACCCCACAGGGUAUGGAGUUGGCCGAGCUGGAGGCGGAUCUUCAGGAGGGCGCUCGCCAGCAAAAGAAAGCCAGUGGAUGUGCUGAGGGGAAGACGGAGAGCGUGGAGGAAGCAGAAGACCGAGAGGAAGUGUUCACGGUGGAGCUUCAAAGAGGGCCUCAUGGUCUCGGCCUGGCGCUCGUGGAUGGAACGAAAACACAGCUGAGGAUGAGCGGCAUUUAUGUGAAGUCUGUGGUUCCCGACUCUCCUGCCGCUCAGUGUCAGAAACUGAGAACAGGCGACCGCAUCCUGGCUGUCAAUGGCAUCAGCCUGGUUGGUAUGGAGUAUAACAUUGGUAGAGAGCUGAUUCGAUCAUCGGGCGACUCCCUCAGACUGCUGGUGACCAAGAUCGACUCGAAGACACGCCACAAGGACUCGGCUGUGACUAGAUGCUGAAGGAAGAGCUGCGGCGGGCGAUCAAGUGCAAUUGACAAUACUGGACGACGUUUGGUUCAGUCAGUAUUUGUCAUGGAUCGAUUCCCUCAACCAAAGGAAAACACACUUCCUGCUUCACUUUUCAGACUGGAAUGAAACUGAGCAUUGAGACAGUUGACCCAAGCAGCAGUACUGACUCACUGGGCUCCUCAGCUCAGACUGUGGGCGUUUGCUGGCAGGUAGAUGGUCAGUAGUUUUUAAAAGCUCAUUUGCUGUCCCAGCCUCUCUCUGGCCUAUAAACAAACUCUGCGUCAGACUGCACUCCUCAUAAACCGCAAAGGUUUGGCGACGAGGAAAACAGCUGAAACACGUACAGCGCUGCAUGUCUGAGCGCACAGUUUUCUGCCUGAACGCCACCAAGCUGCUCCCGGAUCAGCACCUGAUUCACAUCUGGCAUUAACUGGAAUUAUUUUGAAAUGCAUUUUGAAAACUGUGAAGCCGCAUAUUUUAAGACCUUCAUCGUACCCGUCAGAGUCAUGAAAUCAUAUUUCUUUGCACACGUUAAAAAAAGUUUUCUCCAGUUCAAAUAUAUUUGUUAAUAUUCUGUUAACACAUUUCUAGAAAAUUCCCAAUUCUCAUUUCACAGCAGCCUUGGGAGCAACUUAUAGAUUUUCCAUUGCAACAAGUUUCCGCUUUUGUUUUGCAAAGUUUGUUCCAGCAGCCAAUCAAAUGUCGAGCUUAAACAACAGGAAUCUUUAUCAGUUGAAAAGCUUCUUAACCUGAAAUGUUUGUGUUCUUUCUUUCUCUCUUUCCUCUUUAAAGGCGCUAUAAUCAACAUUUGUCCUGUUAACUAUGGAUCAAAUGGCUCAGAGUGGUGAAUGAGCUUCGUACUGACUGUUUAUCUUUCCGGCCACAACUUUACUGUUCUGGAUCAUUUUCAACACUCUUAUAGAGUUGUUUUCAGACAGCAGACAGACACAGUUAGAGAGCAGCUGGCAACAUAGUGGAGCAUUUAGCAGCUGAACAGGCAGAUAUUUCCUUCAGUCAAGACAGUGAAGAUUGGACUUAGAUUCAACACGACUCCACACGAAUGCUAUUUUCAGUUCUUCAUAUGUUUCACUGAAGCAACAUUCACAUCUGCACACAAACACAAAUAAAUUAGAGGAAUGGUGAGAGAUGAGAGGAUGGAUACAACUCUAAUGUCUGUCCAUCGACGUUAGCCAGUUAGCUUAGCUUAAGCAUAAAUACUUUAAACAGGGCCAGUUUUAUGCCAAGCUAAGUUAACCAGAAUGGUUUCAAUCUUCAAAUCCAUCGAUUCUAACAUGUUUCCCAAAAGCCUUAUGAUCAGCAGUUUGGGCCCAAAUCAGAAAACAUUGUAGAGUUACUGAUGUGAGAGCAGCUGAGAAACAUCAGCAGAUAUGUUUUAAAAUGUUUAACACUCUAGAAUGAAGUACUGCUAAUCUGAAGCCUGUCUGUAUUUUCAUCCCAAAUGUAAACAGUGUUUAAGUUCAAGUAUAUUGACUCAAGAAGUAUUCAAUUUUGUAAUAUUUAUAUUGCGCAGUAUUUUUGAACCUAUGGAAUAAAUAUUAUUUUGACUUGU